GUUAGUGAGUAAGUAACUUAACUAGCAACGCAUUGCAUCCAAUGAACAAGUUAGAGGAGGUUCGAAAGAAGAUAAAACAAUGGGAAUAUGAUUUCAAAGCUAAGAAUGAUAGACUACCGGGAAAGGAAGAUAUAAAGCAAGAGAAGAGGAUAUAUAAAUUGUAUAGUUCUUAUCGUACAUUAAAGUCACAACCAGUUAAAAUUAAAUCAGGUGAAUCUUCAGUAUCAGUAUCGACUAUAAAUAAUGAAUCUUAUAAGAGUCCAAUAAAGAAUAUUACCAAUGGGGAAUUAGGACCUACUCCACAGGCAAAUGGGAAAGUAAUGUCUAUUUUUGAUGUGAAAAUGACUCCUCCUGAAUCAUCACCAUUAAAGGAUAAACAAUCACAAUCAUUUAGUACAUUUAAAACACCUACUAAAAGGAAUAAGAAUCAGAAUAAUGAUCCAUUCAGAGAAUCAAAUUCAGUAUCUCGUCUGUUAACAGCUCAACUUAAAGAAGUUUCAGAAUCCAAUUUUCCUGUAACACCUAUAAAGUUUAAUAAUAAUGCUAGUAAUGCAUUAAUGACACCUCAAUAUUUAACCACCAGUAAACAAGAUGAUAAACAACCAUUAUCAACCCCAAUAAAACAAACUACCAUAUCAUUUCAAGUAUCCCCCACUCCCAUCAAACCAUUACGAUUUGUUACGAAAUUAACUGAAAUAGCUAAUGAAAUUAAUGUAUAUGAUAGAGAUAAAGACAAAGAAAAUGAAAAUGAAGAUGAAGAUGUAUUUCUGGAUCAUUCUGAUUUCAGUGAUAUAGAAAAUAGAAAAUAUAAAAAGAAAAAUCCAAAGAGAACUACAAGAAGAUGGAAAAUGAAACCUCGAGAAGAAAUGGAAGUGUCUACUACUAAAAUUAAAGAUAUUCAUAAGAAGAUUGAUCAAAUUAAAGAACAAGAGAAACUGUCUUUAACACACUAUCUUGAGGAUGAAAGUCAUUCCGAAUCAGAUUAUGAGUCUGAUGCCGAUGAAGAAGAUAUAACUCCAUUAAAACGUGAACAACAGGGUUCAACUAAGGGUAAAAUCAAACCAACUAUGGAAACGAUUUAA